AUGGAGACCUGGUUUUGGAUUCUUGGCUGGGUUCUUUCAUUUCUGGCUAUCAUUGGAAAUGGAUUUACAAUCUUCUUCGUCUGGAGCAGACGAAAUCUCGGCACUAAAACCAACGCGUUUAUUGUAUCACUUGCAGUAGCAGAUUUCUGUGUUGGUUUGGGCGUUAUUCCUUCUCUGUUCUUUUGCGACAUUACAAACACCUGCCACUGGCCUGAUUAUUGGUUCUCGUGGGUGAAUAUUAUAAGGUUGUUGUUUAGUCACGCGUCUACUCUGAACUUAUAUGUGCCUUAGUACUGGAUCGUUUUAUUACCAUCGUCUAUCCUCUACAAUACAUUACUCUAAUGACUCGCCGUCGAAUUACCCAAGCUAUUUUCUUCUCUUGGGCUCUAUCA